AUGCCGAACGUCGACGUCGCCAUGGCGAGGAGCCUGAGGGGAGGCUGGUGGGGUUCGAUUACUGCAGGUAUCGCCGAGAACCUGCAGCAGCGCCAGGUCACAGACGCCGUCAACAAUGUCGGCAAUACGGUCAGCGACGUCAAGAACACGGUCACGGACAUCAGGACAGCCCUCUCCAGUUGGGACAACUGCAUGUCUGUCAGCUGGUGCAAGUGGCCCGUCAUUGCCGUCAUUAUAGUGGGAGGCCUGAUCAUCUUCUCGAUUGUCUGGUGUGUCAUCCGAUGCGUGUGCUGCGGUCUCUCUUGCUGCUGCACUUGCUUCUCCUGCCUCAAGUGCUGUGGCAACUGCUGCGGCUGCUGCGAUGCGCCGGGCGACAAGAAACACAAGUACCUGGACGAAUCAUACGGCGCGCAUGCCCUACCCCCGGGCCAAGGCUACAAGUCACAGCCUGCCAUGUUCGCCUCGGCCAUCCCCGUAUCAAAUCCCGACAUGACGCCCUCCCAUGGCGUCACCACUGCAUCGCCGCCGCAGUAUGCCGAGUUUGACGUGUCAAAAAAGAGACAGUCCGACGCUCUCCCCGCAAUGCCCACGUGGGAGAGUGCCGGGUCCAAGCGGAUCUCGCUGGAGCAGGAAGCCGUGGAGAUGGAUACGAUGAAGAAGCCAGUCGCCGCGCAGAGCAUGAACAACUUGCAGAGCAACCCUACCAUCCCCCUCAUGGCCACGGGCGCCAUGAGCCCGCACCUACCCUCGCCCAACACGCCGUACGGACAGGCACAGGGCGGAUUCGGAGGCCAGGGUCAGCACAUGGACUCCUACGCCGCUGUCGGGAACGGCUACAGUGAUUACGGCGAUAACAAAAACGGCUACAACCAAUCGACCACCUCAUUCGGCAACGACCACGCCUACGGCGGCGUCGCCGCCGGCAUGGCCAUGAAUCAGGGCCGCCACACGCCCCACCAGGACAACGGCUAUGGCGCCCCUCGAAGCAACGGAUACGCCCAAGACUACAACGACAGCUACGAUCAGCAGCAAUCCUACGGCAUGAACGCCGGCCCCUCCCGCACGAGCCCCAGCCCGUCACCGAACCGCGCCUACGGCCCGCCCCGGACGCAGCCCUCGCCCGCACCUCCCGGCUUCCGCCGCUCCCCUGGGCCCCAGUCCGACAGCGGCUACGCCCGCCCGCAGUAUUCCCAGGACAGGCAGUACUCGGACGCGAGCCGGCCGCUCGCCGGCCCUUCGUCACCCGCGCACCAGCAAGGCUUCGACUUUGGCGGCAGCGGCGGCGGCUACGGCGGCCGGCCCCAGCAGCAGCAGCAGCAGCAGCAGAGCUACGGCUACGACGACGACCAGCAGCACCAGCAGCAGCAUGACCAGCGGCCGCCCAAGAGCAGCGGCUCUGAAAUUGCCUACCCGGGCUUCAGGGCGUACCAGCCCGCGCAGCAGGGAUGGAGCGGCGUGUAA